AUGGAUAUGAUCUUCGCCGCCCAUCAACUUCAGAAGAAGUACCAGGAGAUGCGGACCCACCUGUCCUCUACCUUCGUGGACCUGACGAAAGCCUUCGACACGGUGAAUAGUGAAGGACUGUGGAAGAUCAUGCAGAAAUUCGACUGUCCCGAGCGAUUCAUUCAGAUGGUGCGUCAGCUCCACGACGGCAUGAUGGCGCGAGUCACGGACAAGGGAGCUGUCUCAGAGGCAUUCGCAGUGACCAACGGAGUGAAGCAGGGAUGCGUCUUAGCGUCCACCCUCUUCAGUCUUAUGUUCUCUGCCAUGCUGAUGGACGCCUACCAUGAUGAACGCCCGAGGAUCCGCAUCGCCUACAGGACGGACGGUCACCUUCUGACUCCACGACGAGUGCACUUCCAAACGCGCGCAUCCACAAUCAUCCUUCACGAACUUCCCUUCAUCGAUGACUGCGCCCUGAAGACCACCUCGGAAGAGGAUAUGCAAGGAUGCAUGGACCUCUUCUCCGCCGCCUGCAAAAACUUCGGUCUGGUCAUGAACACACAGAAGACGGCGGUCAUGCAUCAACUGUCACCCAACACAACCACUUCCCACAAUGCGCUACAGAUCAGCGUGAACGGCACCCAACUGCAAGUGGUAGAGAACUUCCCGUACCUGGGCAGUACUCUCACCCGCCGCACAAAAAUCGAUGACGAAGUGGCCCGCAGGGUUUCGAAAGCCACUCAAGCCUUCGGUCGCCUUCAAGGCACAGUUUGGAAUCAUCAUGGUCUCCAGCUCAGCACGAAACCAAAAAUGUACAAGGCCGUAAUCCUCCCGACGUUGCUGUACGGAGCGGAAACUUGGAUAGUGAACACAAAGCAGGCACGCCAACUCAACCACUUCCACCUCAAUUGUCUUCGUCGCAUCCUGAGGCUGAGUUGGCAGGAUCGAAUCCCCGACACUGAUGUACUGGAACAAACAGUAAUCCUCAGCAUCUACACCAUGAUGAGACAACUGCAGCUGCGUUGGAAUGGCCACCUCGUGCGCAUGGACGACGAGGGGCUACCCAAACGACACUUCUACGAAGACGUCGCCACGAGUCCUCGUCGCCAAGGAGGCCAAAUCCGUCGAUACAAGGAUACUCUGAAGUCCUCCCUGAAGUGUCUGCAAAUUAACCCGACCAACUGGGAAGACCUCGCCCGCGACCGACUGACCUGCAGAGGGACAGUGAAGGCGGACGCAGCGAUCUACGAAGCCCACCGCAUCGCCGCCGCCAAAAUCAAACGUAAAGCACGCAAAUCACAGAUGCGCCCACCUCGCAAUGCCAACACACAACCGCCUCCACGUGUCCUCGGUGUCAACGGACAUUCCGGGCACGAGUCGGACUUUUUGGACACCUUCGGAUCAACUGCACCUCUCGGACCGCACCAACCAUCGUCUCUCCACCCGCCUCUCCCUCGUCCUCUCUGCCGCCAACCAACUCUACCUGCUCUUCUGAACCACCACUUCUUCUUCUUCUUCUUCCUCCUCCCCCUCGUCCUCCUCCUCCUCCUCCUCGUCCUCCUCGUCCUCCUCGUCCUCGUCCUCGUCCUCGUCCUCGUCCUCCUCGUCCUCCUCCUCGUCCUCCUCCUCCUCCUCCUCCUCCUUCACUCUUCCUACGACGGCCACUCUGGUGGCUGUCACGCACAUCAACACUACACACAAUUCUGA